AUGGCCGGAUGCAGCCUGCCCUCAGGAAACACUGGCGGGUCCAUCAACAGCCCAGGAGAUGUUAUUAUAGGGGGAACCUUUCGAGUCCAUAUGGAAGGAGUAGAUAAGAACCUGCAUUUCACUAGCCAACCCACAGAUCUCCAAUGUCAGAUAAUUGCUACAGAAUUUUACCAGACUAUGCGAGCCUUAAUAUUUGCCAUAGAAGAGAUUAAUGCUGAUACCGAGCUCCUUCCCAACGUCACGUUGGGCUUCCAGGCCUUGGACUCGUGCAAUACGUUACGGCGAGCAGCACAAGGGACUCUGUCAAUGUUGUCAGGGGGAAAAGAAGCCAUCCCUAAUUAUCAUUGUCACGGUGGGACACCCUUUGCUGGUCUUGUUGGCGACUCUGGGUCGACCCGAUCAAUCCUUAUAGCCCAGAUCUUAGGGCUGUACCGAUACCCACAAAUCAGUUAUUUUGCAACCAGCCCGGUCCUCACAAACCGGAACCUGUUCCCGUCCUUUUUCCGUACCAUACCUAGCGAUGAGUUUCAGAUGAAAGGCUUGGCCCAGCUUAUCGACCAUUUUGGUUGGUCUUGGCUGGGCCUCUUGGCCAACGAUGACGACUAUGGUCAGUUUGGUCUUCAGUUAAUAAAGCAAGAGAUAAUCAAUUCUGGAGCUUGUGUGGCCUUUGCUGAGAAUAUUUUGACCAGUCAACCUGAUAGGAAUGCUCCCUAUCUUACAAACAUCAUUAAAGAAUCAACUGCAAAGGUGGUGGUUGUGGUUGCAUCUGAUUCAGACUUUGUGGUUGUGUUGGAAGAGUUGUUAAGACAAAAUGUAAGUGGCCAUAUCUGGGUAGCCAGUGAGGCUUGGGCCACUUCUGAUUUACUCUCUGAGGAACGAUUCAAGGGGAUUUUGCUGGGCACCAUUGGUUUUGCCAUCUUCCAUGGGAAAAUGCCCAAGUUUAGUAAAUACUUUACCAGCCUGAACCCAUCAAAAGAUGUUUCUGAUCCAUUCAUCACAGAGUUUUGGGAGCAAACAUUUGCUUGUACGUGGCCCCGUGAAAAGAAUCAAGUUAUGGUGAUGGACAAUGCCACCAUAAGUCCAUGUACGGGAAAUGAAAUGCUGUAUGUUCUACCAUCUGAAGAAGACCAGAGAUUAUCUCUCAAUCUUCUUCACUAUAUUAAAAAUGUGAACUUCAAGACCAACGAUGGGCGUCAAGUCUUUUUUGAUGGGGCAGGGAACCCUCCAGCCAUAUAUGACAUAGUGAACUGGCAAGUUGGUGCCAGAGGAAUGCUUGAACAGGUUACAGUUGGGAGUUAUGAGUUGAAUGGUUCUAGCGGCAAAAUGUUCAACAUUGACAGUGCUAAAAUUCUAUGGAUCAACAACAACACACAGAUCCCCCCUUCUCAGUGCAGCCCACGUUGUCCUUCAGGAUACAGGAAAGUGAUCGUACAAGGAAAACCCCUUUGCUGCUAUGAUUGUGCCCGGUGUCCCCAGGGGCAGAUUUCAAACCAAACAGAUGCUGCGGAAUGUCAACCAUGUUCCUGGGACACGUGGCCCAAUCUACAGCAGGACAGAUGCCUACCAAGGCCUACAGAGUUCCUUUCCUAUGAGCAACCGUUGGGUUACAGCUUAGCAGCCAUUUCCAUCUUUUCCACACUCGCCCCACUUGUCGUUCUCAGAAUUUUUGUUUGUAAUAAUAAAACACCAAUAGUCCGAGCCAACAACUACUCCCUUAGCUGCCUUCUCCUGCUUUCCCUGUUCCUCUGUUUCCUUUGCUCUUUAGGGUUCAUUGGUUACCCACAACCUGAAAAGUGCCUUCUGCGCCAGGUGGCAUUUGGGAUGGUUUUUGCCCUCUGCAUCUCCUGUGUUCUGGCCAAAACCAUCACUGUUGUCAUUGCCUUUAAUGCAACCAAACCCGGCAGCAGGUUAAGACAGUGGACAGGGGUGAAAGUGUCCUACUGUGUCAUUGGGUUUUGUAUCUUUGUUCAGUUGUGCGUGUGUGGGAUAUGGCUCAUCUUGUCUCCUCCCUUUUCUGAAUUUGAUACUGAAACCAAACCUGGAAUAAUCAUUAUUAACUGCAAUGAGGGAUCCCCCACUGCUUUCUGGUGCAUGCUGGGAUACCUUGGACUCUUGGCCUCCAUCAGUUUCAUUGUUGCCUUCUUGGCCAGACGCCUCCCUGACAGUUUCAAUGAAGCCAAAUUGAUCACAUUCAGUAUGUUGGCUUUCCUCAGUGUGUGGGUGUCCUUUAUCCCAGCCUAUCUCAGUGCCCGGGGCAUUUAUACUGUGGCAAUGGAGGUCUUUGCCAUCCUGUCUUCCAGUUGGGCUGUGGUGGGCUGUAUCUUUGUGUCAAAAUGUUACAUUGUAUUGUUCAGACCCAACAUGAACUCCAGAGAACAUCUCCUUGGAAAAAGUAGAAUUCAAAACUAA